AGUAAAUCAAACACUCCAACCGAUCAUCCAGUUAAUGGAUUGAUUAUUGGUUCUUUGGAACAACGUCAUUCAUUAUCUAAGAUCUAUCCCAUUCAUUUAUCUAAUAAAUUCACCGAAUUAAAAGGUUUAAGAGAAGAUUUUAAAUAUAUUUAUGUUAUUAAUUGGUUAUAUCAAUGUCGUGGUUAUAUUAAAUUAUCUAGCGAAUAUUUUGAUAAUGACUUAUUCGAAAUUGAAUUAUUGAAUAUGGUUAAUCCUGCUCCAAUUGAUGAUAUGAUUUUAUUCAUAAAUAAAUUAAAAUUAUCAUUAAUUUCAAAGAUUCAAGGUAAAAAAAUUCAAUCACUAAAUAUGUUUGAACCAAUUUUUAGAAUGUAUUUUGGGUCAAAUACUCCCUUGGGUGGCAGUAAUGAAGAUGAUGAAAAUGAAACGAAUUUUGAAAUUGAUGUUAAUUUACCUAAAUUUGAUAAUUUAAAUAUAAAGGAUAAAAUUGAAAUUUUUUACCUAUGUAUUAAAGAAAUUGUUCAAUAUCAAGAUUUUAGAGAUUUUAUUGAUAAAAAUAAAUUAAGUCAUGAUUUAAUUAGAUUAAAUUCAAUCUAUCUGGAAAUUAUUAAACCAAGUCAAUCAGAAGAUUUUACAUUAUGUUUUAAUGAUACUUGUUUAUAUAAAAGAAUUAUAACUUAUCCAAAUUUAUCAAUUCCAAAGAAAAGAAAAUUAUCUCCAUCAAAUCCAGAAAUUUUUUUCAAAUUUGAACAAUUUGAUAUUAUCGAAGUAAAAUUUGAAUUAGUUUAUUCAAAUAUUUAUGAAUUUAGUGAUUUUUUGAAAUCAAUUAAAAUGAAAAAAUCAUCAAAAUUUAAAAGUAUCUAUAAUAAAUUAUCAAACAAAAACCUCAUUGAAAAUUACUUCAAUAUAGAGUUGAAAAAAAGAAAAAUUAUUACCAAUCGUCGUAAAGAUUUUGAAAUGUCAAGAUUAAUUGCAACUAGGAAAAAAUCUUCAAGGUUGCAAGCAAAGGAACAAGAAAGAAUAAAAGAAGAACAAGAAAGAAAAUUACAAGAAGAAGAAGACUUGAAAUUUGCUGCUCAAAGAAGAUUCGAAAGAAGACAAAGUAAAAGGUUAAAUGAUGAUAAAGCACCUGAUUACACUGCUGGUUUAUCAAGAGAAGAAAGAUUGAAUUUGAGA